GUAGUGCGCAGUUAAUCACUCUCACAUUUCUGUGGCGUUUGCACCAGGGCUGCUCUUCGGGACGUGGGAGAGAGUGCCAGAGAGGAAGAAUUUACAGAGCACGUCCAAUUCUGGUCACCAGCUUAGCAGAAGAGCCUGAGGAGACAUGGCUUCACGUUUUGCCUUUUCAAUAGUCGUGAUGGUGAUGGUGUUGGCAGCUCCGCUGACUGGAGGAGAGGAUGCGAAGUCUGAUUACGGCCACUGGAAUUACAGAGAAGGAGCGGACCGUGUGAAUGUCCAGGCCCUGAAGAGUGUGACUCGCAUCCUGGACAAGUGGGGGAACAGCAUCUUUUCUGAGGUGAAGAAGAUCCUGCAUAGUGACCCAAAUUCGGUCCUUCCAGAAUAUUCCAGGGUGCGCCCCUUGUCAGAGACCGUGAAUGACCUGUUCAAAGAAGUGAAAUCUUUACAGCGGCGGAUCUCCGAACUGCAUGAGCGCCUCGACACCUUGUAUCUCUUCUUCCGAAAGUAUGGCUAUGGAAAACCCCGUACUGCUGCUUCCGCCCAGUCGGCCCGAGGGUCAAAAGGCACGAUCCAACGCAGGGUGAUAAUUAAGCGAAUAAAGAAGAAAGAGUAGUCUCCGUCCUUGUGGUGUUCGGGGUUUGCCCACCUCUUCUCUUCUAUGUUCUGUACACUCCAGCAUCUCUAAAAGCUGCUGACCUGCCAGUCAAAGGCCUUGAAUAACUGCCAGCGUUUGACAUUGCCAUCUAAUGCAUGCAGACUGUCUGUGCCAGCCUCCUUAUAGCUGGUUUUGAAUGUCUAGAAGACGACACACAACAGUGAGCAACAAAUUCCAUCGCAAACAUUCUCGCCCAGCAUAAAUAAAGAUAGCGACGUAGCUGCUGCUACCGUACAAUACAAGACAUGCAAAAAUGGCCCUUUUCUUCAUGCCCUCUGACCCCUUAACCCUGGACUAAACUCAGUGGUACUGCUUGUAUCGGAUAUUUGGGGACACACUCAGUGACAUCUGUUUGGUAACAGCAUAGCCUUACAAUCGGGGGGGGGGGCUGGGGGGCUACAGUUGUGCCCAGAUCAUGAGAAUUUAAAAAUCAUCGCCCGCCAUUGGAGCAGCGCGUUAACGAGACUUGAGGUGUCGACGACUGGGAUGAGUGAGAAUAACAUCCUCUGAGAGUCAAAGAAAACUAAUUGAAGGAAAAAAAGAAGUCAUCUGAGUUGAUGAAAUGUUACUCAAGCUAAUGAAUAUUAAUUAAGGUGCAGACCCCACAGAGACAUACGAAUGUUUAAACUCUCUGAAGAGACCUCGUUAACGAUCGUCAAUUACAAAGGUUAAUUGAAUGAGCCUUUCAUUGCUUAGAUAUCGUAAUCCCAUGGUAGCGAGCAUCGCUCUCUGUGUAUCCACCUCCUCCAUGGCGGGUAUGCCAGUUAGCACUGCAGCCCCCCGCUCACUGUCUGUGUGGAGUUUUCAUGCUUACCUCGUGUGCUUCUCCCAAAGAUGAACAACUUCCAUUCACUGGCUUGUUUUGCCUGAAGGCGUCCUCUGAUUGCCAUGGGACACCACGUUGGCACCUGAGAUGACCCAAGUAGCCUCUUGCUUCAACCCUGACAUGGAAAAGUGGAUUCAGGAAAUUGGGCGUAAUGUCUCCUUUUAGCAUCAAGGUGUACACGGCUUCUUACUUGCAUAUCUCCUCAGAACACAAAAAUGCAAUAAAAGAUAUCAAUAAAAUGAAUGUAUACAUAGCAUGCGACAUAUUCUGUAUCUAUACAAAUGAAAUACAAUAUGGAUUUGCAAUUAU